UGACCUGGCAGAAACUGUUCACCUUUUAUUUUUUUUCUGGAUUAGUUUUCUGCCAGUCUGAUAUCCUCUGAUGGCUUGCCAAGUGUUUCCAGUGUGCUCAUCUUUCCCUGUCUGCCCAGCCCUGCCCAGAGGUGAGGUACUGGAUCUCAGUGCAGCAGCUUCCCUCGUGCCUUGGAGAGGAAUUGCAGCACAAUGGCUGCGUUCCCUGUCUUGGAGCAAGAAACAUUAUUCCAGAAUGGUACCUGGAGCUAUCGAAUUCCAGCCCUGCUCUACCUGCCACGGUUCAGCAUGAUCCUGGCCUUUGCUGAGGAACGAGAGGACCUGGUGGAUGAACAUGCCAAGCUGAUAGCCAUGCGCAGAGGCGUGUAUGACCCAGCCACGCAGCACGUUCAGUGGAAAAGGAUGGAGACCCUUGUCAGUGCACAGCUGGAGGACCACCGAUCUAUGAAUCCUUGCCCGGUAUAUGAUGAGGUCUCUGGAAAACUCAUCUUGUUCUUCAUAGCUGUCCCAGGAAAGAUCUCUGAGCAGCAUCAGCUGAGGACAAAGAUCAACCUGGUACGUCUUUGCUAUGUCACUAGCAUGGACCAAGGACGCACCUGGAGCACUGCCCAGGAUGUCACCGAUAGGACCAUUAGGAAUGAGUACAAGAACUGGGCCACGUUUGCAGUAGGGCCAGGUCAUGGAUUACAAUUGCUCAACGAGGCCCGGAGCCUUGUGAUUCCUGCCUAUGCCUAUCGUAUCUUGGAUCCCAAGCAACACCCCACCCCUCAUGCCUUCUGCUUCAUCAGCUCUGACCAUGGGACAACAUGGGAGAAGGGGAACUUUGUGGGGGAGGAGAGCGCAGUGGAGUGCCAGGUAGCAGAGGUGCAUAGCUGUGGCAGAAAGGUCCUCUAUUGCAAUGCAAGGAGCAACAGGGGAGCCAGGAUCCAGGCUGUCAGCUACAACCAUGGGCUGGACUUUGAGGGAGGCCAGAGGGUUGAAACGCUAAUAGAACCUCCCUCUGGAUGCCAUGGAAGUGUUACUGCCUUUCCACCUCCCCCGGAUGCCAGAUGUCAAGAUAGUUGGUUACUCUAUGCUCAUCCUACAGACCCAAGGGGUCGAAAAGAUUUAGGAAUUUACCUCAACAAAAACCCUUUAAAUCCAGGACACUGGACAAAACCCAGUAUACUCUUCAAGGGCCUGUGUGCUUAUUCAGACCUGCAGUAUAUGGGCACUGGGCCUGAUGGCUCACCUUUGUUCUCUUGCCUCUUUGAAUAUGGGACCCACAGACAAUGUGAAGAGAUUAUUUUUGUCAUGUUCACCUUGAAGCAAGCCUUUCCCUUGGAACACUGAGUCUCAAGCUUUUCCAUCAGCAUCUCUCCAAAAACCAUCUUUGUUGAUGCUUUUUACUGUCAUUUCUUAUCCCUCAGUAAAAGUUUUUUUACUCCUGCUGCACACAUAGUUUUGUGUUGUCUUGUUGUGUCUGUAGG